AUGGGAAACAAGAGUAGCAAAGCUAAGAGACAACUGAUCGUUAAGUUAGCGGAAGAAACUUAUUUUACGGAGGAUGAAGUUAAAAAAUGGUAUACGGGAUUUUCAAAGGAUUGUCCUAAUGGUCGGCUUACUGAACAAGCGUUUUACAAAAUAUAUCAACAAUUUUUUCCAAAAGGAAACCCAAAAAAAUUUGCAUCGUUUGUCUUCAGGGUGUUUGAUGAAGAUAAAGACGGAAUGAUAACGUUUGAAGAGUUUAUUAAAGCACUGUCGACAACAACCAGAGGGACGUUAGAGGAAAAACUUUUGUGGACUUUUAAACUCUACGAUUUAGAUAAUGACGGGUAUAUAACUCGCGAUGAAAUGAAUAGUAUUAUCGAUGCUAUCUAUCAAAUGUUGGGACCAAAUAUAGUGGACACCAAUGAUGACGAUCCAGUAAAAAGAGUAGACAUGAUAUUCACUCAUUUGGAUACUAAUAAAGACAAUAAGCUAUCGAUGGAUGAGUUUAUGGUUGGCUCACAACAGGAUCCGAAAAUAGUUGCCGCACUUUCUCUAUACAACAUUCACAAUAAUAAUUAACUUAUUAUACCAUAUAUUAUAGAUUGUAAAUAAUAUAUAUAA